AGUUCGCAUUUCGCUCUUCCUCCUUCUUCUUCUGCUGCUGCUGAGCUCCUCCAGUCUGAGUCCGGAGAUGCUUCACACACUCAUAACCUGGACUGGAGAGAGGAGAAAACUCUGAGAAUUACCGGACGGUUCGGGUGAUUUUUGGCUCAUUAGGUCUUUUUUUUUAGUUGAAUCCAUCGUCGUGGAAACUCGAGGAUGAACACUUUGAACGCCCGGGUGAGGAGCAGGCGGACUGAAGCCAGCCUGGGAGCGGAGAGAGAGCAUUUUGACAAACAGCAGGUACAUUUUAGAAGACAUUUAAUCCUUCAUGAUGGAUAAAAAAAGGUUUAUUCAGAGCUUUAGUGGCUGGGCUGGGUGUUUGAGAUAGUCUGUGUCUGUGUCUGUGUUUGUGGUGGUGGCGCACCGCAUAGGCCACAUUAACACCUGACUAUUUCCCAGAGAGAGAAACACCUGCUGAAAUCUGAAAUAUUAAGAGAUUUUAUUAUUAUUAUUAUGAGUAAAAAAAUGAACAAUCCUUUCUAUAAUCCUCUGUGAAGUGUGUCCAUCAGUAUCAAGCUGAUCUAGUCCUUCCUGUUUGACCACCUGUCCUCCCUCACACACACACAUUUCUUUUUUUUUAACAAGCCUGUGAUUGGAUAAAGAAAAGGAUUGAUCACAUUCCUGUAAAAAAACCUUAGAAAUUUAAUCCAGUUUUCUUAGAAAGUGAGCACUGAAGGAAUGAGGAACAUACAACAGGUGCUUUGUGGUUGGCUGAUUCCUCCCUGUAGUCAUCCAAGUCAACUCUAGUACGGUGGCCGAGAACCGCCACUGCUACAAUUAAAAAAUAAAAAUAAAAUAACAAAAAAAAAAAAGUAGCGAUGGAAAAAAAGUUAAUUACUGCGAAAAUAAAAGGAUGCAAAAAAAAAUUUACAACAGAAGUUAACGACGCAAAAAAAGAAAGUGGCGAUGGGGAAAAAAAGUUACUUACCACGAGAAGCCAUCACAGAAGUGAGAUGCCGGGGACUAAUAAUAAUGAUGCACUAGUGUUUACGAUCUAGGCACAGAAGACGAGAUGAGAAGACAAGCAAAACAGUAAGUGGAAAGGUUAUUGUUUAAUUUCGCUUCGUAAACUUUUUAAUGUGUCCUUUGGUGAGGCCGUGUAGCACCUGAGUCGAUAUGAAGUUGAACUGGAGGAGGCCGGUGUCGUGUUAGCUUCAGUUCAACUUCAUAUUGACUCAGGUGAUAUAUGUCCAAACCAAAUGACACCAAAAAGUUUACGAAGCGAAAUUUAACAAUAACCUUUCCACUAACUACUUUGCUCUCCUUCUUGCCAUCGUCUUCUGUGCCUAGAUCGUAAAAGACCGCUGCAUCAUCAUUAUUGGUCCUCGGCAGCUCACUUCCGUUAUGGCUUUUUUUAUUUUCAGUGGGCUUCUUUUUUUCAUUUUUUUUUGUAUCAGUAAAGGUCCUUACACACCGGAGCGUUUUUUUCGUGCGAUUAUUUCGGAUGUCAAUAUUUUUUUCGAACCCGUAUCCUGUCAAUACAAGCGUUAACAUCAGCGACAUUUUCCCGUCCUGUGAUGUUGCGGCAUUUAUUUUUUCGUAUCACGGUCGAAUUUUCUAAAGUUUUGCAUACUGUGUGUCCACUUGUGACCAAUCAGAUUGCGUGUUGUUGCGAUGUCAGAUUCACUGGUAUAUCCAACAUGGCCGACCUGCUGAUUGUUAACGUGUCGGAGAACAGAGUACUUUUUGAUAAAAGACACAAAUAUUACAAAGAUAACCACCUGAAGGACGACUUGUGGAGAGUCAUAGCGUCAGAUUUCUCAUAUGACGAUGGUUUGUGUUCUUUAACAGUUUGAUAAACGUCUUUGUUUUAACUUUCAUCUGUGCUAAGUAACUUUAGCUCGUAAGCUAACCUGUUCAGAUACAACAUACCGUAUGUAUUUUCACUGUAAACUCAAACUCAAUCACAGUGUUGUUGUCACAGCACCAUUAGGUCUCAGUUGUUACCUUACAUUUAUGGAUUAUAGUUUAAUGUGCUUAUCUGGUACUGACCCCGACUCAGUACAUGCUAUCAUGACAGACAGACAUCUCAACACUAGAGUCUAAUCAGGACCGAAAAACACUCAGUCUGCUGUUGUGUCAGUCUUUUCGCUUUCGCCCGGGACGUGUCUUUAUGCCCCCAGAAAGUCGCAAAAUUGCAUUGCGCUUGAUGGCGCAUCAAAAUUCGCCUUUUGAAUAUUUCGUAAUUUUGCGUCGUAUAUUUGCGUCGCUCCCAGCCCUAAAUUCCGUUGUGACUUUUUUUAUUUUGCAUUCUUUUCUAUUUGCAGCAGUGGUGGUUCUCGGCCACCGUAUUCAAGUCUCUCCCACCGUCAUGCAUGUGAGGCUGACAUUCAUGGAUCCUAACGAGAUUGUUUGAGUCUGUUGGAGGUGAAUAUGAGCAGCUGUUAAAAAAUGAAGCACACACCUAAGUUUGACUAGGUUUGAAAUGAGCUUGACUAACCAAACAAGAUGUUAAACAGCUGCCUGAGUUCAGACGUGCUUCACAGUCAGUGUACGCUCUCUAAUAAAGGGGUGUGCUUUUCAGCAUAUUUGCUUUGUGAGCACUUGACCAGAAGUAGGCCUGAGGUGUUCAUCUCCCUAAAAUAGAUAAAAAUAAUUAGAUGUUAUAUUGUUGUGAUUUCUCUUCUCACCUUUUUCCUUAUUUUCAGCAUAUCUUGGUUCACUGAUUGUAGAAAUGGUCCAUUUUGGAUCAACACAGGCCAUUGUUGCCUCAAUAGUUCCCAUGCUGUGUGGCAAAUAUUUAACAUGGCAUGGUGUGAGUGAAGGACAAGUGUUCAAGCAUUUGAGCUUAUUCAGUCUGAAGUCAAGAAGUGAAACGAGUUGGAUUAACAUCUUUGAGUGGUUGUUGUUAGUAAUAUGACUGACUGACUGAGCAGUGUGCUCACCUGGUUGUUUACUGGGCAACAUACAAAUAAAACAGUGGGAGAAAAAAGUCCUGAUUUCUGCUUGGCCACCUUCUGACAUUAUGAAGGGAGGUUUGAAAAAAGACUUAAGCUGAGUUUCCAGGUAUCUGUAAGUCACUAUUUCAUUUUUAAACGCUUUUAGGCCACGUCUUUACUUUGUACUGCUUCAAAACAAGUGACCAGUAUUAUUAUUUUUUACUUUGAAAUAACAGUAGCUGUUUGAAAGAGAAAACAAAUAAAUUCAUGGUUGUAUAGUCACAACAUCUGAUGUCAGGAUUCAAUCAAAGCUGAGCCAAGUUUAACUUAGCCUUUCUAUAGCAACUACUGAACAGAAACAUGAAUUCAGAUGUGGUUAAACUUUAAAUAGCCUGUAUUUAAAUAUGUCGAUUCAACAGGAAAUAUGAUGCUAGAUUUUCUGUUUUUAACUUCUCAUGACUCAGACAAGAGUAAGCCAUGUAAUGUGACAAAAAUGAAGUGAAAGAUAAGGAUGGAAAAAAAAGAUAACAGGGGAAAAAGUCAACCACAAAGUAAAAUGAUGUAGUUAAAUACAUGUCUAAGACUAGGACUAGGACUCUAAGACUAACGCUAAAGUGAAAGUGAGUAAUCCUUGUUCUAUGGUACAGCUUUUUUAAGUCCUUCAUAGUUUGUUUGUUUUUUGCAUUUAAUACUCCUAAUAGUUUUAAUUUAAUAAAGUGAGUUUUAGUUUGUUCAGAAACACUCAUUAGUAUCUUCUCCUGAAGCCUUUUGGUACCAUGUAUUUCACGUAAAUAAAGAGCAUAGAUAUCUUAUUUGACUCAAACUGUACAUCUGACGAAUAAUUAAAUAGCCAUUUAAUUGAGACUCAUAUAUUUGAUUAGGCAGCUGUUUGUGUGUUUCUUUAUUAGAUGAGUAUUUACUGUGAGUUUCUCAGUUCUGCUGAUUCAUCCGGCACACAACUCCUCUUCUGUACUUCACUCCCUCUCCAGUGUUCGCUGCUCUGUAUGUCGUCCUCGGUACCAAGGUGAAACGUCUCACACAGUGUCCAGUGUGUGUGUCUGUGUGUGUGUGUGGGUUUGUGUGUGUGUGUGCAGUGUUUGCUCACCCUCGCUCCUGUUGCCUGAGUGAGCGCCCAUGAGAGUGGAGGGGGGAUGGGAGUACCACAGGGUAAACACAGGGCGCCUAUAUGAGUGGGAGUGAGGAGAGAAUUAAAAGCACUUUGGUUAUAGUUAAUGAACUCGCUCAUAAAAAGUCUGUUUUGUUAACCUUUUUUUAAAUGAAUCUGGAGCUCUGUGAAGUUUCAAAGUAUGUUAGCUAAUCCUGAUUACAUCUGUGUCAGAGUCGAGUGUGAAAAGGUGUCCACAUCGUUCCUGUUACCUCAUCUGCAUGUUCUCCUCAAUAUAAGACCUUCAAAAUCACAUCGUAGCUCUGAUAUAUUACAGUAUUGAUGGGUAGUGGUUCACAUUUUUGUGUCUUAGCUGGUGUAAUAGCUCAUAAUUAUGAACAUCAUGUGAAUCACAAGCUAACUCACCAGCUCUCUGAUGGGGCCAAGAAGUAAUCCGGUUACUGACAAACAGUUCACUUUUUGAUGAAUAUUUUUCAGAGUUCGUAAUUCAAUUAGAAGCCAAACGGAAACAAAACUCAAUUAUAAAACAAGUUGUAGGAACCAAAAUAUAUUUGUUGAAAGUAUGAUUUCUGUAGGUACGUCACUUGAGGGAUGUUUGGAGGGUUAUUUAAAUCUCACCGAUGUAGUCAUACGAUGGGGUUUUAGGUAAGCUCUGAUAAUUUUCUGUUGACUGUUUUUCACUGUUUCACUCAUCCUCAUUUUAUCGUAUCACUUUUUCAUUCAAAAGCAAACAUUUGGGCCCAGAUCAGUGUGUUCUCUUUUCUUUUUUGGAACAAUAAAUUACUUUUUUAAGACUCAAACUGGACUGAUAAUUGAACGAGUCACAGAUGCAAGCGAACCUAAACCCCAGCGGCCUUUUUGUUGAAGGAAAGCAGUCGCUGCACAAGUUAUAAAGCUCUUUCCUGAAAUUUUGUGCCGUCUGUAUGUACUGAAAUAUUAUCUGUUUACAAAUGAAAACAAAUAUCUCACAAGCGUUUGCAGAUUUACUUUUGACCUGGCGUGUGCAGUUUUCACUGUCAUGUUUGUAUUUUUAGUCUCACAUGUUAAAUAGAAAAAUCUCAGGAAUUGCACUUUUGCCAAAAUAGACCUAUGGUGUUUUUCAGGGGGUGGGUGGGUAAGUGCCUUUCUAUGAAUUUUACAUCUUUGGAGGUUUGAUUUGGGUUGAUAUGGAGCGCAUCACUCAGACUUUGUCCUUUCAGAUUGAAUCUGGUGUGUGAGUUUGUUGGUUUGAGUUAUUACUUGUGUUGAUAUGGGAGAGACUGUUGAAGAGGAAGGAGUAAAACUAAAAGAAUUUAAUAAGAUACCACGAUAGCCUUGUAAAUUAUUCGCUCUGAGGAAGAAUAUUGUCUAGAAAAAGUUGUUAAAUGUUUCAAAAGCAGAGUUUGUUAAACUGUUGGUAUUUCCAUGUCGAGCUACCCUCACCUUCUGUGUUUGUGAGCUGUGGUUAAUUCUGUUUGUGUCCUUGUCAGCCAGAUCCUCUGCAGCAGUCUGUUGAAUUAAGCUGAUAAGGAGAUGCAGUAAGUGCGCUCGCUGUGGUGCGUUAUGUCCAGCUAUAGAAGCAGCUCUUGUGUAGUAGAGAUGAUGAUCAGGCUUUAACUCGCUCUGCCUCACCAAGAUUUAAAGGCUCCAAAAAUGUUGCUGAAAGGUGGAGAGGAAGAGGUCAGCAGAAAGGUAGGCGGUAUCGAUGCAGACUGUGCCUUGAGUGUGGCUACAGUAAUGCUAGCUGGCAGUAGACCUUAUGGCGGUCCUGGGGGAUUAGUCCAGGCUUUCCCUCCCUCUCACUUCUCCUCUCUGCAGCUCGGGGGAUUUAGUGAAGCCUGAACCAGAUGCAGAGCUAACUUGUCGAGCUGCCACACGGUUGACGGUGUCAGCAUGUCCGGAAAGCUUCGAAGGAAAUUCUCUGUUAGUGAAAAACUUUGGAUUUGAUCUAACUUACCUUUGACCAUGGCUCUAAGGAGAUGGUAUCUGUGUGUGUGUGUUUGUGUGACCUGUGUGGAGGUUGAUGUGGGGCUUGAUAGUGACACUUGUGUCAUGUGCUGUAGCAGAGCUUUACUGAAUCCUCAGUUACAGUGAUAAUGUCAGAGCGAAACUAAAACUAUGAGAGCUGUAAAAAUCAAGGAAAGGCAUUUGAUUAAGCAGGAUAUAUGUAUAUGCAUGCUUAAUAAUGACUAUGUGACACCAAUGCGUGUUUGGGUUUAACAUGUUGCUUUUUAGGUGUAUGUUGAGCAUGAGUUACAGUUACAUUUCUCCUUUAAUUUUUAUUUUCCCAAGUCAAAUUUUAAUGCUUUUUCUCCCCCAUGAGGUUCAUCUGAUUCUUUGUUAAUUAGCUCAACUUGUCGCCUAAUAUUUCUGACCUUGAUGGCUUAUUUGAGAUUUGUAUACCACAGUCAAACAACAUGAUUUGUUUCACCAGAUGCAUGCCGAUGUAGAUAAUCACAGGGUUGUCUUUUUCCAUCAUUGACCCUCAUAGACAUAUGAAAAUAUCCCUAAUGCUUCUAAUAUUCUGUAGUUUAACGUAAUUAUUGGAAGAUGAAGGUUAUUGAAGUGAAUUGAAACCAAAGACCAGUAUGAUUCUGUUACAGUGUGGGAGUGUGUUUUUGUUUUUGAACAUAAGCUGCAAAGGGGAAAUAGUUUAACACAUAACUUAACAACUAGAAUAGUCGACAGAUAAAUAGAAGAGGGAAAUGGUGCCAAAUUUUAAUCACCUACCUAUCAUUGUUUGGUAGCUAAAGUUAGAAUUUAGCCACUCCCUGUCUAACGCUGCUGUUUGACGCUGUUACACAACAAGAUAUGAAAGGCGUGAUCAGCAAACACUGAUGUUAGUUAGCUAAGUGUGCAAGCCAAAGUAAGGUGACCAGACAUCCCAGAUUUCGCCAGCUGCAAAUUUUUUUUGUUGGCUGGUAGGGGAAGGUCCCGCCUCCUUCACCUCUGAUUGGCUGGAAGUGCUGGGUUUCGAUUGGUUAUUCCUUAUGGCUGUGAAACGUCAUCAUCUGUCGGGUUUGGAGAUUUAGAAGUGCGAUAAUGUUCUGUAAUGUUCUGUUCUACGUACAGAGCCAACAGCCCGCGCUCGGCUUAGCGUAUGUUGACGUUUCCAGCUCUUCUAGCCAAUCAGAGGCGAAGGAGGCGGGACCUUUCCUACCAUCCUACAAAACAAAAUAUCACUCCCAGGCUAAAGGGAGUGAAUUUAAGCAUUUUAACAAAAACAUAACAAAAUGUUGCGUGUAGACAAGAAAAACGAUUGUUAUGGUAGUUGAGUAGGUAGGAAGCAGGAGUAAUGCUGCGGACGAGUUACUUCAGAGGUCAGAUGUCGGAACUGAAAAUGACGUCACACCCAAGUUCCGAGCAUUUUAGUUACCAAUUCGGAAAAAAGCCAAAUCGGAGGCCUGAAACAAGAUGGCUACAUCUACAAAAGUUAUUGUAGCGCUUGCCUUAUAUUCGGACUUGGUAGGUGCUAAAAUAACUUUCAUAGAUGUCGCCAUCUUGUUUCUGCCUCUGAUUUUGCUUUUUUUCUAACUUGAUAACUGAAACACUGGGAACUCGGGUGUGACAUCAUUUUCAGUUUGGACUUCUGACUUCUGAGGUAAGCACGAGUAAGCAUGUUGAGCGCAGUCUUUGUAUUUCUUGGUCACCUUAAGCUGCUGUAGUGAUGAGUAUGUUUCACCUUCACCUCAUGCUGCCACUGAUACCCUCCUCCUCCUCCCCCUCAGUCCUCUUCCUCUCGCCCUGCUCUCUGACUGACAGUCAUCCUGAAUGUACUAUGAGCGUCUCCCUGCAGCCUCCCUGCUCAGCAGCCAUCUGUUGAGGCCUCAGUGCCAGCCUCUGUGUGCCAGAGCGCGGCCCCCAUCCAACCCAAUCUUCUCCCCCAGCUGUCCGCCUUCCUCCCCAAACAAACCCCUCAUUGUUACGCGGGCCUGCAUGCUCGCCCGCUGCACUUGCCCUGAGUAAACGAGCGACUAGCGGUUCAUUUGCGUCAGAAGCUUGCUGCUGGGGGAGUCUCCCACAGACCAGUGCACCCAUCUCUCUCUAUGAACGCCACAGUAGAUAGACCUCCUGGACUUAGUUGCAUGGUUGUGUAUAUUUGAUAGAUCUGUGUGUGAGUAGGCGUGGGGGAUACUCCCUGGUUUUUGUAAUGCUUAAAAGAGGCUUUUACUGGGUUUGCCUGGAUUAUGUCCCUUCCUACUGAUUUGAGAUUAUGUUACAAAGAUGUGACAUGGAUACUGAGCUUUUGUUUGAGGUUAAGGCCAAAGAAAACCAGGGUCUCUCUGCUGCUCCUCGUCUUCGUCUACAUAUUAUGGCCGGUUUUAAACAGGAGGACGACUGUUAUACAGACGAGGCUGAGGUUUAAGAUGCUGCUGCUGCAGUAAUGCUUUAACUGUGCGCUGGAUUAGUUUCUUAUGUAAUGCUGAUGCUAAAGCCGGUUUGCCAACAUCCUAAAGAUACAGCAGUGUCCGAACAGAUGUAAUAAAAGGAUACAAGCCACAAAACAAGAAGAAGAUAGUUUGUAUUAUCGUGCAUUUGUGGAUUAGAGAGCAUGAUGUUUGUUUUUUUUAAUGACUAAGGUUUUGUGUCCUUGAAUUUGGGCUUGUGUGAGUUUGGCAGUCAUGAUUCACAGAUGCAGACCAAAUUUUCAAACCUUCACUAAAACUUGAUUAUUUCUGCACGUUCAAGUCAGAUCCUCUGCAGGCCUUUUGUUAUUUGAGCAACAGUCAGACUGGCUUUGUUUCCAGAUUGAUGCACUUAAGUGAAAAAUCGUGCGGAUGCAUUAUUAAUGAUAAGUAAUACCGACACUCCAGAAAGGUCAGUUUGACAAAGAAAUUGGCGCUAAUAAUACGAGAAUUACUGAAACAAACACUUUCUGCAUUUUAGAUUGUAUGAGCCAUUUUAUCUGUAUUAUUUUUUGGGUUAGAAAAAAAAAGAAAAAGGGAACAAAGGAACAUGGGACAGUUCUUACCCCUAAUUUUGCAAGUGGUUAACAGAGAGGUCCACAUAGUCUGUUUAUUAAGCUUCAAGCUCCUUAAACUCCAUUUCCUCAAUUUUUGAUGAAAUUUCGUCCAUGUUCAUCCACUGACAGCCUUUUUCCAUGCAAAAAUCACGACCUUGAAUAAAUAAACAUCUCCUUGUUCUAUUACUUUCUCAGGUAUGGCUCCCAAAUACAUGAACUUGGGAUCUCUUUGAAUAAUAUAGUGCAGGAUUUUUCCCAGAGUCUCGUUCACUUCAGUUGUAUCUUUACACAUGACCAGAAAAUAUGGGUAUGAGUGGCGUCUUCCUGGCCACACUGCCUCCAACAGUGUUGUAUUUUUGUUUAGAUAUUUACCAGUGAUAUGUGGUGUUAGAAAGAACGAGAUAAAUUCUUCCAUCCAAAAAGACGCCAGUUUUGAGAAUUAGUAGAGGUGUUUUACACAUGGAGAGCCACUCAUCUUAUACUCAUUUCUAAUUCCUCCAAAAACAUUUGAAAUGAUUUGAUUAUAGAAAAGAGAGAAAUCUAAAGUUUCCCUCCAAGUUUCAGAGUUCUCACUCAGUACCUGACAGCAGUCUGGAGCUGCUGGAGUCUUUGUUUUCGCUCACUUGAGUUGAACACAAAACAAACUCCCUGUAUUAACUCUUUGCCUCCUCUCUUUAAGCUGUAAAGUCAUGAACACAGAAGGGGAAUAACUGAAAGGAGCACUCUACUGUAACACGACCACACUGGUCUGUGAUCAUAUUGCUUUCUGGUUCUCCUGUGCUGCUGGACCUAAGGUUCAUUUAAAUGUGGAGAAGUAUAUCCAGGAGUGAAGAUCCAGACUCGGCGUGUUUGUGUGUCACUCCCUUCCUGCUCCUUUUUUCAGCGACCCUUGUUCUACCUGUCGAGCAGGUUGUUUGUAGCAGCUCACUGUGUGUCUUGUGACGAUCGGUGUCUCUCUCUUAGGCUCAUUAUCAGGAGGAUUUAUGAACAUGUGAACUUGGGAUUUGUCUGUUUUAAACUGAACUUGUAUUAAAAAGAAAACAUGAGAUUGAACCCUCCCCUCAUUCAUAUCGGUGUGUCAAAUUAGUGACAUGAAAAGCAGUUGAGUCACACUAUUUUGGUCUGUAAUAUUCAGUCAAAGUGUGAGGUAAGAGCAGAACAAUGGGCGAUACGGCAGUGUGGGGACAGUGCAGAGUCACUGUCCGGCUGAGUCAUCGCUGUCGUUGCAGCACAGGAUGUUAUCUGUUUAACUCCUGCUCCUUAUUUAACCUGAAUUUAACUCCUCUUUCCUCCUCUUCCUCUUCCUCUUCUCUUUUCAGCUGAGCAGCAUCAGCAAAGCCAUCAACUCCACAGAGACGCCUGUGAAGGAGAAACAUGCACGACGUAUCUUUUUCAACUGUUAAGAUCAGUUAUACAGAUUUCCUGCCUGUUUGCCUUAAAACUGAAAAUCUUAAGCAUUGCAUAGCUCUUAUUUUGUCCUCCAUAUCUGCACAGUCAACGCAUACUGUUACGUUAUUGUGAAAUUGGUGCAUAACAGGCAUAAGUGACCAAGCAGUCUUUUUAGUAAUAAGCUCCAGGACUCCUUCUGUGUGCUUCUUUAACAUAACAACAACAGGAAUCAUCCUCGGGACUCACAGGGAGAAAGGAGCUUACACCUUCUGGUCUUACGCUCUGGGGUUCCCUCUGGCCAGCAGCUCCAUCCUCAGCUGGAAGUUUUGCCACGUACUGCAUAAAGUCCUGCGGGACGGACACCGCAAUGUAAGCGCAGAGCAGUCCUUUUUUUUUUUUACUGCAGGGGGAGAGGGGGGAUAUUUUGGGCUUUUAUGACUUUUAUGAAGAGAGAAGAGGACAGCAGGGGAAGUAGGAAGUGAGGGAAGAGCAGAACAACCUCUAGAGCACAUAAUAUCAUAGGGCUGGGCGAUAUGGCCUCCAAUCAGUAUCACGAUAUAUUGAUCAGUUCACCUUGUUAACGAUAAAUGAACGAUAACUACUCCACAAGCUGCUCACCCACUACCACAUUAACUUUGUCUACUUCAGCCGCUACAACUUUUGAACCGUCCUCCAUCUCCUCACCUGUCUUUCCCUCUUUGUUACGGAUGUAGGACAGCGUCUUAAAGAGACAUGAGACCAUAGCCUACCUACACACAUCCAAAUGCAACUUUUAUUUAUUUACAUUUUGACACUGAAUGUACCGAUAUGGGCGAAAUUACGUCGGUAAGUGUCGUAAAUUUUGGUAUCUGUACAUUUCCGGUUUAUCGCCCAGCCCUAUAAUAUCAUAUUCAUAGAUAAGAUUUAAAAUGUGUGUACCCAGUAGGUGUUUUUAUUCAAGGCAAAGGUGUUUUCUCUUGUAAGUAAUCAAAUCCCACUUUUUCAAGAGAAUCAAUAUAGAAUGAUGAACUAAAGUAGGUCUAUAUUCCUGAAAAACAAAGAGAGGAUUAUUCACUGAAGCUGUCACGUGAACAGGUCCUUCAAGACUGCAUGAGACACCACAGCUCUCUGGUUGAAAUUGGGAAACUAUGGGUGAGUCUCAGAAUCUUUGUUUUCUACCUCAGCUAAAUUGAAAAUGUCUGAAAAUAGUAAAGAGUUUUAAAAGUAAGCUUCAACAGGAUCUGCAUCUGUCUGACUCAGUCUCUUUUAAAAUCUUUUUAAUGUCGGCUCAUGUGAUUCUUUUUUUCAGAGCAACCUCCACGACAGAUACGGACAGCUUGUUGUUCUGUACACCAAGCUGCUUUGUACAAAAAUGGAGUUUCACGCGAAGGUAAAAGCCUCCUCUGUUUUCAGUCAUGAGUAAGAAAUUAAUGAACGGUGUGUGUAUGAGAAUAAGACCUCAGCAUCCAAAAAUGUCCCCCUGCAGCACUCAGAAAUCCCACCAAGCCUGGAGGUCACAGAUGAGGUCCUGGAGCGCACUGCAGGAACCGAUAUUAAUAAUGUGUGAGUGUCCAAGUGUUGAGCCUUUAUUGUUGAUAAUAGCAACAAGGCCGUUUUUUUCUCGUUUGAUCUCACAGGGUCACGUCAUCGUUGUGUCUCAGCGGAGCCUCUUGUCUGUCUAACAAAGGUAUCAACUUCUCUCCUGCAGGUUCCAGCUCACAGUGGAGGUGUUUGAUUACAUGGACGCAGAGCUGAAGCUGGCCGAGACAGGUGAAAACAAACUCCUCCCACCUUUUCCCCGAUCCGACUCUUCCAAGGAAGUGAAACUCGAGCUACAGAGGAGAGCUGCUGCCCGCUGACAUUAUCUAUUUAUGCGCUAAACCCACUCGCCCUUUACAGAAGUGAUGUUAGGGACUCUUGUCUUGGCUGUUUUCAGCUGUAUGACCUACUUUUCUCUCACUUUUCUUGUUGUCCCUAAUGGAUUUGAGCUGAUGAGGAAAUGCCUGCAAUUAGGGGACAUUUGGUUGAUUUCCUUCAGUUUAACUGUGGCGGUGUGCUUUUCCCAGGCCUGCAGGGUGGAGUCCUAGGGUCAAGUUUCAGCACUAUAAACAAAUUUUGCUGCCAUACUUCAAAAUAUACUCUGAUUUGUGCUGUGGAGUCAUUAAAUGUCACCACACCAGUUUUUUAGGCGUCAAUGUGCGACAGUAAUCCUCACUUUCUAAACCCAGACAAUAAGCCCCCCAAACUUAAUGUCGUCUUUUUGCUCUUCCUGAUCUCUCCUCCAGUAAUCCGACAGCUCAACACAUCCAUCGCCAUCUCCACCCUCACGUCAGGCCAGUGUCGGCUGGCUCCUCUCAUCCAAGUGAUCCAGGACUGCAGCCACCUCUACCACUUCACUGUCAAGCUGCUAUUCAAACUACAUGCCUGUAAGAACAAAUCGAACAAAGUCCCACUCCGAUCUUUUUACUACUUAAAGUGUUCUCAGUGGUCUUUAAAUUGUGAUUAUGAAGUUUUUAGUGUCAUUUUCAAAGACUUUUCUUCUGCAGAGCUCCAGUAGCUCAUCAGCAAUUCACCUCUGAGUUGUGGGCGGAGUCAGCGCUGCUCUGCACACUCCUCUUCAUGCUAGUUUGUAGCCUAACAUUGCUGGUGUAGUUGAAGGGGCAGGUAACAUAGGAGCUAUUCAGCUCUCGGACACUAAUGUCUUUGGGGACAUGAUGAAAGUUAAUAUCAUAAUUAGCUUUCUUACGAGCAUUGCAAUCCGCUAACACACACACUUGUUCCACGAUCGUCCUUUUUACUUUUCCAAGUUUGGCUUGCAGAGCGGGGCUCCGGGGGUGGAGCUCGGAUUUGCUACGUAAGAAAUCUCACUGAGGCCCUGUUUAUUUGCACCCGAUUAUAUUUAAAACAUUUGCUGUGUUCGAGUUACCUCGGAAGUCAGAAGUCUGAGCUGAAAAUGACGUCACACCCGAGUUACCAGAGUCAGAAAAAAUCGGAGGCCUGAAACAAGAUGGCUACAUCUACGAAAGUUAUUUUAGCGCUUGCCUUAUAUUUGGACAAGGCUACCGGUUAGUGUGAACAAAAACUUUUCUGGAAACGUAGUGGUGUGCGUGCAGUUUGUUUUGUAAAUGGAGAAGGUGAAAUGUCCCUUUAUGAAAAUAGCCAGGCACGUGCAAACUUAGUCUUAAUCUGAACAUGUCGUUUGCGUCUGUGAGAGAUUCACAGAGAUUUGAAUUCAGAAAUACUCAGAAAUAGAAUUUCACACUUACUUUUCUCAUGAUAUGUCCUGUAGCAUCAGAAAAAUGACAUCUGAACAUGAAGAUUUUCAUCGGAGUGGGUCUUUAAAAUUCUGGCAUAGAUUUUCAACGUGUUUCUUAUCCUUGCAGAAAACAAACAAAUGAACUGUAGUUUUAUUACGGGCUUUUUUCUUGUUAUAUGUUCCAUUUCUGUGAGCAUAAUUCAAACAUCGAUCCAUGUUUUUUUAAUGUCAGGUCUCCCUGCUGACACUUUACAAGGACACCGUGAUCGUUUCCAUGACCAGUUCCGCAGGUAGGUCACCCACACCUUCAGACUGUGACUGAAUAAACAUGUAAAACAGAGAGAAUAAUGUUAUUGCUAAAAGAAGUGUGCAAACAUAAUAUAAUCCUGCCUCACCCAUUCACCACAGCGCUGAAAACAGAUGCAAAUCUGUCCCUCGCUGUCCCCAGUCUGUGUCCCUGUACCAGACUCUGAUUAUGUAACUGAUUUACUUUUUUAAAGGGCUUUUCAUGUCGCAUUCAUCCACCCACAAAAGGACUUAACACUGAUUCGUCUGUGGUGUUUGUACAUGAAAACAAAAUGAGAGUAAGUUAUCGUUCUUUGUCCCGCAGUCUGAAGACCUUCUUCAACAAAGCGAGAGACAUGCUGUACUUCAAGAGGCUGAUCCAGAUCCCAAAGCUGCCUGAUGUAAGAGCACAGAGGGAUGACUUCAGUUCUGACUCACAGUCUGUAUUUUAAACUCCAAAGAUGUCGCCGAAAAAACCUAAAAACUGCUGAUGUUAGCUACAGUCCAUAAGAUACCCUCAUUAAAUCUAUAGACAGGCUGGUGAAACGCCUAUAUUUACUCAGGUUUGACCUUUUACCCCCUUUUUUCUGUCUCUCUCUCAGUCUCCUCCAAACUUCCUGCAUGCCGCCUCGCUGGCCAAACACGUAAAGCCGGUGGUGGUGAUCCCCGACGAGGAUGAACCGGAGCAGCAAGAUGACGACGACGAUGACCCUGAGCCGCUCAUCGAGGUCAGCGACAUGUCCUCAUCCAGCAUGCAGUCCCAGCCGCAGGUGAGACAUCAGUUACACAUGCAUGAGUCAAAAGAUGUGUACACCCGUUAACCUCAUGACCGCCGUAGAGCUAUUUUUAAAUUUAUGAUUCCACUUUUUCAGCAACUUGAUAUAUUUGAUCAGACAUUCGGACCCCCAAACGGAGGCUUCGAUGACAGGUGAGCCACUUAUUUUAAAGUUACUUGUUUCAGUCUGAUUGUUUUGAGUCGGCCCCAGCACACCAUGACUGUGUUUUCUUUCUGUGUUUUCAGGGAUCUACAGAUCGAGAGUCUGAAGCGAGACCUGGAGCUGUUGAGAGCCGAGCUGGAGAGAGUCAAAGCAGAGGUGAGGAGUGUGGAGCUGGAUCACCUGGUGUCGAGGUUUCAGACUUUUUUCCUUCUCUAACAAGGAAGAGGUGUGACCGUAGAUGGCAUAAUUAUCUGUGUGCAGAGGAAUCUGGGUCAUGUACUGGGUGGAUGAAAAUGCUGCUUCUGGCAUGAGGAAUGUGGCAAGUAGCCUCUGAAAGAGACGAGGUCGUCCGCUGAAGAGUUUGGACACUGCAAAAUCAAGCGAACAACACUUUUCUCUUUUCUCUCUUUUUCCUGUCAUUCUUGUUUUUAGUUUUUUACCCGCACACCAGGUCAGGGAGUGAGAUUUAACCGUGUCAAAGGACCAGUUAGUGAAGUUGGUCAAAAAUAGUAGAUCCUUUGAAAUGAAAAAAAAGCAAAGUGGACUCUGGAAAUUUGAUCACAGGUGGACAUCAGAAAAGAAAAACUGUCGAUACUUAAUCCCACUGUAAAUAAAGUUAGUGCUUGUACACUCAGACUAAAAGAUUAAUCGUGAGUUUAAACGUCUUUUUCUUCUUCUUCCUAAAGGCUCAGCGCUACAUCACUCAGCUGAAGUCCCAGAUCAACAGUCUGGAGGCGGAGCUGGAAGAACAGCGCGCGCAGAAACAGCGAGCUCUCGUGGAAAACGAACAACUGCGCAUGGAGCUGGAGGCUACGCGUCGCCGAAACGCAGAACACGAGAGCCUGCAGUCGACCUUCAUCGAGGCGGAAAGUAAGACAUAAAGUCAACAGUCUCUCUGUUUGUGUCAACAAAAUGUUGUUGUGUUUGUGCAUCAGCAGUGUCGUCUCGUUUCUCUACGCAGAGCGAGCGCAGGCCACCGAGCAGAGGUACAACAAGCUGAAGGAGAAGCACACAGAGCUGGUGUCCAGUCAUGCUGAGCUGCUGAGGAAGGUACAAACACACUUCAGAUCGUUGCUUUAGAUUCCAUGUCAGUUCCUGCCUGUUUGUACAUUAAGUAUACUCACAUCAUGCCAAUUUUAAAAUCUGUGUCUUUUAGAGUAGAUUUUAAAGUUCUUUUGUUAGUUUUGAAAGCUCUUAAUGGUCUUGGUCCUUCCUAUUUGUCUGAUUUGCUUUUACCAUAUGAGCCUGGUAGAGCCUUCAGGUCUUCAGGUGGUGGUCUUUUAAUUGUUCCCAAAAUAAAAACUAAAACUUGCGGUGAAUCAUCGUUCCAACAUUAUGGUCCCCAUCUGUGGAACAGCCUACCUGCAGACCUGAGAGCGACACCUACGGUUCAUAUUCUCAAAAGUAAACUAAAGAUCGACCUUUUUAGUCUGACUUUUAGUUGAAUUUAGUUUUAAUAUUUUAAUCUGCAUUAUGUGAUUUUAACCUAUUUUAGUCCGAGAGUAAAUAUUUUGUGUUUUAUAACCUCUUUUUUUAUUUGAUUUGAUUUUAAGACUGUUUUAAGUAAUUUUAAUGCUUUAUCACCUUUAUUUUAUUUAAUCAUGGUUUUAUCAUUUUAGUCCUCGAUCCAGUGUUUCCUCAUCUUUUUUAACUCAAGAUAGCGUUUCCUGAAUUUCCUGAAUGAGGGUUGGGAGGGUGGUUGGGGUUUGGUAUUUAUAUUUUUAUUAAUUUUAUUUAUAUAUAAAAAUGAAGAUUGCUUUAAAAAUUAAGUUUGAUUGAUUGAUUGAUUGAUUGAUUGGUUGACAGAGUGCAGACACUGUGAAGAUGCUGUCAGCUACACAGCAGACUCAGGACGAGGUGGAGAGAACCAAGCAGCAGCUGUCGUUUGAGGUUGACCGGAUAAAACAAGAGGCUGACAUGAGGGUUGGUGGGACAACAGUUUGUUUUGAGAAACAUAAAAGGAUGGACUUGUGAGGAUGUUCUUCAGCGAUAUUUUGUCGUCACUGUAGAUGGAAGAGCAGAAGUUUGAGAUGGAGAAGCUGAGGAGAGAGCUGAAUGAGAAGAUGGCAGAAAUGACGCGGAUCAAGGCGACUCUGCAGAGCAGUGAGAUGGUGAGUGUGCACCUGUAUCAGACUGUGAAACAAGAGCGAAAACAAGCCAGUGCAUCAUGGUUUAAUAUUCAGAGUGUUCACCGGCUCUGAGUCUGAAAGCUUGAGGCUCCGCAUGGACUUUCCUCAGACACUCACAGCCAUCUGCCUCUUCUGGCUUCCCUCAUCUCUCUCUCUCUCUCUCUCUGUCUCUCUCUGUCUCUCUCUCUCUCUGUCUCUCUCUUUUUCAGGCUUCAGUGCAGGCGAGCAGCUCUAUGACGGCUCUGCAGGCGGAGAAGGAGCGUCUGAUGCGGUCCGUGAGCGAGAAGGAGGCGGAGCUGUCCUCUCUGCGGCAGGCCGCGCAGGUGCAGCAGUCGUCGCUUCAGCAGGAGCAGGAGAGGAGCAGCAAGGAGCUGCUGGAGCUGCAGAGCAAACUGCAGGAGAAGGUCAGUCAGGACGCUCGAGCAGAAAUCAGCAGUGUGAGCAGAGAGGCUCCGCUUGACGUGCAUUUAGUUUGAUUCAGCAGAAUUUAAAGUCGGCCUCCUUCAGAUGAAGAAAUAAAAAAUCCUGAAUCAUCCUGAGGGUGACUGUGCAUUUUUGUGCAGUGUGCUGGAAUGCAAAGUUAAACAGGGACAAAGAAAUCCUCCCAGCUGUAGUUGUGUCAAACUUCAGUUUUUCUCAAUUUUGUCACAUUAUUAGCACACAGUCCAGAUUUAGUACACCACAGAGUGAACUUUAGAUUGCAUAAGCUGUCCAAAAUUCAAGAACAGACUGAGACAGACCAGGAAGAGUUCACUGCAGUGUAAUCUGGAGUCUGUGCCCUAACUGGUUCUUCUGGAUAUAAAUCUGGGCGGCACAUGAACUCAUAAAUGAAACGAAGUGAGCUGUAUAACCUUCAUUUCUACCUUCAUGAUCUUUUUAUGGUCUUCUUAGAGAAAAAGGUCCAUAAAGUAUCACCCAAGGUCAGGAAAAAUAUAAUCCCUUAGUGUGGAUUUUACCAAAAUCAGGAAAAGAGCGAGACUCCACUCUGUCAGGUUCUGGGCAUUUAUAAAGCCUUAAGAUGAAACAUACAGGAUCCGUAUUGAGCGCGUUCCGUCAGCGUCGCGUCUCUGCUCCAUAAAGCGUCACUGUCUAUCGCAUACAGGAUGUGUAUUUGAAGCAUGGCAGCAAACGACGUGUUCACAGCAGGUUGUUUUUCCUUUCUGUGGUCGAUUUCCUGUUAAUUUUGAUAUAAUUCAGUGACUGUUGAGCCUCUACUGCACAUGAAAAAGCAACAUGAUUUUACAGUUUCGUUUUUUGCAGGUUUGCUGGUGUUUAAUAAAGUAAACUAUGUUCCUUUAUGCUGUUACCUUCAGACAGAGUUAGCAGUUAAAUGUCCUGUUGGGUCCACAUGGAUCAGGGAUUGACCAUCAGAUUGUUCUGUGUUACUGAUAAAUCCAUAAACAGGAAGUAUUUCUCAUCUAUACCAACUGAUCAUAGGCUGUAUAUACUGUGGACAUCUUGGUUUAAACUAAGUGUUUGAUGAAUAUGUUCUCUCAUUCAGCUGACCAUGGAUAGAAGAGUUGCAUAUAUCAGAUAUCAAUCUAGUCUAAUGUAUAUCUACGUUUGCAUGUGUGUGUAGUCGAGUCAGGAGGAGCAGCUGAAGCAGAAGCUCCUGGAGGAGCAGUUUGCUCUGCUGCAGGGAACCAUCGCAGAGGCUGAAAAUAUCAUCCAGGACGCCGUGGCUAAGCUGGAUGAUCCCCUUCAUGUACGAUGCACCAGCUCUCCAGGUCAGACCCCUGAUUGAAUCACUUCAUGUCGGGCCUAAAGGAAAAAUAAUGAAUCAAACGGCUCUGACUGUGUAAAAACAACACGCUAGCCUUUAUAUAACCAGUAUUGUGUGUCUCAAAGUUUUUUCUUUCUCUGUUUGACCUCAAAACACAGAUUACCUCAUAAGUCGUGCAGAGGCCACACUGGGCUCCAUAGACAAAGUGAAAAAGGGACAUGCUGAUUAUCUGAGUAACAUGAAGGGUAAGUUUGCUCCGCUUUUAUUUGACAUGAUCCCACUGACCUGAAUGUGGGAGACACGGUUUUAUUUUUGACGUGGCAUCAUGUUCUCUCUCUGUUUUCUGCUCCAUCCAGAUGCUGGAGGGCUGAACCGGGCUCUGACCCAGUUCUCCCACUUGGCUGCAGAUACAAUCGUCAACGGCAGUGCCACUGCACACAUGGCGCCCACUGACCAUGCAGACCGUAAGAAAAUGGCCUAUCACUUCUUUGGCGUUAUGCAAGUCAUAAUGCUGUUAUUUUAGUUAGGGUGACCAACCAUACGUCCUCCUCUACCCGGACAUGUCCUCUUUUGGGGGGCUGUCAGGGUUUGUCCAGGGAAGUUUAUAAAGUCCUUAAAUGUCCGCGGUUUUACACUGAAGUUUUCAAGUUUGUGUCACGUGGACUUACUGAGUUCGAAGCACGUAAAAGACACUUAAUCCGACCGGAGAAACCCUCAAAAUUAACCCUUUAAUGCCUGAAACCACAAAUUAUGGCCAGAAAAUUCUCAUUUUUUGAAGCUGAAAUGUUUAUUUCAUUUACUACUGAAAACCAAAAAAAUCUAAAUAUCCUUAAAGUUGACAAAUAUAUUUAGUUAUCUUGUUUGAUACAUUAGAUAUUUUUGGAAACUGAUAAACUACAAGAGGACAUUUUUAUCAUUUAUCGGACUGUAUCAAGUUUUUUUUUUUAUAAUUUGUUGAUCAUAUUUGAUACAUACUAUUAUAAAAGCAUGUAUCAAAUAUGAACCAAAAGGCAAUAAAGGGCGACCUUCGUGCGACUCUAUGACUCCGCCCCUGCGUAGUCCCGUCCUUUUUUUGAGAAGUCAGAAUAUGGUCACCCUAUUUUAGUGGAUAUUUCUUCACCGUUUAUUCACAUUUAGAGACACGUUGUUGCUCAAGCCUUCGUUUCAGAGACAAACGACAAAUUUGUCCAAGCAUAGUUACCGAAAGUUGAAUAUUGCUCUUUAAACCCUGCAGGGCUGACAGAGAACUGCAGAGGCUGUGCCAAUGAGAGUCUGCAGUUCUUUAAAGACCUAAAGUCCAAGACGUCCCUCCAGAGGGCCGACCCGGCCUCCAUCCGCUUAGUUGUUCAAAAGAUCCUCCACUUGGGCCAGGUGAGAGUCACUCUACAGACAGUUUUCAAUCUCACAUAGAUGGACUCGGACACUUAUGAAUGAAUAUUUGACUUGAACUAUGAUCUUUUAUUUCUCAUCUGGUAUCAAUGCUGCUUCACACUGUUAGUGUUUACAAACUUAGUAGCUGUUCUUGUUUAAUACACUCGCUUUACUUCUCCAUUAUAGCUACUUCCACUGCUCUGUGGUCUUGUUAUUGCCCCUUGGGGACAAAUAAAGUUCUUUAAUUGAUUUGAGUUUAAUGAAUGCAUAUAUCAAGUAGACUCUGUAUAGCAGUAUGUUAUUUUGAAGGUUUUUUAUUUGCAGAUGGUCGCUCUGCAGAAGAUUACUGUCACAUUAAAUAUCAUCACAAAUAUGUCCUUGUCUUUACGACAUUGUCCCCCGUCCUUAUCUGCUGCCAAGCCGUGGUUUAGUGCGAGAGUGGACUCUUUUAUUAAUUAUCAGUGCAGAGUCUGCUAAUCUUGUGAAAGCUUGCUGAAAUUAUUGAGACAGAUGCUGCAUUGUACUUUUUAUUCAUACCCUCUUUUACUCAACUACGCCUUAUUUCUCUGUGAACUAACUCAUCAUGUUUUCUCUUGUUGUUUCCAGGAGCUGCGGCCUAAAGGCAUGGAUGUUCGUCAGGACGAGCUCGGUGAUCUAGUCGAUAAAGAAAUGGCUGCGACAUCAGCAGCGAUCGAAGAGGCCGUCCGUAGGAUUGAUGUAAGUGACGUGAAUCAGGACAAGUGUGGUAUUUUGUUAGAUAACCUGGAUUACAUCUAAAGAUGUCAUGUAUGCUGGUUUUGUUUUCAGGAAAUGAUGAAUCAGGCACGAAAAGACACUUCAGGAGUAAAACUGGAGGUUAAUGAAAGGUUUGAACAUUUUUUGUAUCUUGAUAAGAUAAAAACCGUUCGCAUCAUCCAUCAGAGAUAAAUCAACAUCACAGAAAAAGACCACAGCAUGGAUCAAAGUUUGAUUUUUGAUUUAAUAUCUGUACCGUUUCUCCUUUUGAUUUUCCAGAAUCCUCUUUAGCUGCACUGACCUGAUGAAGGUAUGAUGUGUUUCAGUAUGUAGUAACUAACUUCCAAAUCGCUCCAGCUGUCUGACCCACAAUGCUAUGUCGAAGUAACGCCAAUUAAACUCUUUAUUCUUGCUUCUCUUUUGCACAGGCCAUCCGCAUGCUGAUCAUCGCAUCCACAGACCUGCAAAAGGAGAUCGUAGAAGGAGGGAGGGUGAGUCACACCGUUCUUGUUUUAAAUCCAAAACUGGCAGCUUGGUGUUUGGACUUUUAACAGCUUUAGUUUUUGUGAUCAACCAUCGCAGAUGCUUUUCCCCUCUCAGACACAAACAAACAACUAAAAGGACAAAUGGUUGUGUUAUUGAUUUUGUUAAGGGUGCAGCUACGAUUAAGGAGUUCUACGCCAGGAACUCUCGCUGGACUGAGGGACUCAUCUCUGCAGCCAAAGCGGUGGGAUGGGGAGCCACAGAGAUGGUGUAAGUAAAAUGAGAAUACAGUUUAUACAUGUGUGCAUCAUUAAAAGUAAUUUAUUCUUUAUUUUAAAAUGACACAGUCAAAUUAACCGGGAUUCCUCGUGUUACAUAUUAGAAACUUUUUUGAGUUGACGGUGAAAACCUAUAGCCCACCUUUUUUUUUUUUUUUAAAAAUCAAAGAAAGGCAUUGAUAAGGGAAUCGUUAAAGAAUUUAAUCAAUAAGCAGAAUUGAAGAACUAUUAACAAAAGGAAGAGUGAAAAAAUAAACAUAUAACAACAACCCAAAUCCUGGUCUCUGGCUGUUCCCCUUGACUUCACACAGACAACUGAAUAUAAUGAGGCGUUCAAUCAACAACAAUUACCAGCAUUUGGCCUCAACUGUUCUCCACGAAGGGUUGGGCGCCCGGAUCAUUAAAUAUUAGGUUAUUGUCUGUCAUGACUAUGACUAUGUCAACCUGUAUUCUGUCACGGUAGAAUAAUUAACCAAAUUUAGCACAAAACACACACAGACCUGGGGUAGUAUUGUGUGUUAUGUCAGGAGGAGAUGUGAAAUGUUAACGUAUAAUUCAAACUAAACAAAGACAUGUCACAUUUGUGGGAUUGAUGUGAAAUUUCUGUUAUAUAAGUGACAAAGUGAUUGAGUCGCACGCUUGAUCAUUUGGAAUAUCCCAGCUGGUUUUGUGUUUAUCUUGAAAGUAGUUUAUUCAAAACUCACCUCAUAACUUUUAGUUAUUGUUUGGGUGUCGUGGAUUGAAGCUGUUUUUUGUCUUUGUCCUCACAGGGAGUCUGCUGAUAAGGUUGUGCUGCACACAGGAAAAUAUGAGGAGCUGAUUGUUUGCUCUCACGAGAUCGCUGCCAGCACAGCACAGCUGGUUGCUGCCUCAAAGGUUAUAACCCUAUUCCAGAAAACAUACACUGAUAGAUAAAUUCAAAGUUCUGGUUUGACUUCAGGAAUACACAGCAGUGUUGUAAACUAAUUUCCAAAUUUAUUGUCGUGGUUUUUGUUUUUUUGAGGAGGGAGUUUGAUGUUUCUUCAUCCUAUUACAGUUACUAGAAAAGUCAUUCUGUGGCUUUAACUUUUAUUUAUCUAAUGCCACACUUGUUAAAGCUGUCUCCUCUGCUCUCAGGUGAAAGCUGACCGUAACAGUAGGAAGCUGCCGGUCCUCCAGCAGGCUUCUCGCCAUGUGAACGAAAUGGCGGCUAAAGUGGUGGCUUCAACAAGGACGGGCCAGGAGCACCUGGAGGAAAAAGGUGGGUCCACUUCGAUUGUUAUGUAACGGUUGUAGUUUGUGAUGAACAUUUGUUCAGUAACACUUUUCCUGUGCAGACACCAUGGACUUCUCUGGUAUGUCCCUCAUCAAGCUGAGAAAAGAAGAAAUGGAGUCACAGGUAAGACAUUGGCUUCAGACAGUAUUUCUGUUUACAACUGGAGGCUGUUAAUUCAUAUUGAACGAGCACAUGCAGCUGUUGAGAAGUUAAAGUGAUGUUUACCACUCCCGAAUGUGUUCUGUCACUCAGGUGAAGGUGCUCGAGUUAGAAAGUAGCUUGGAGAAUGAGCGUCUGCGUUUGGGCGAGCUGAGGAAGAAGCACUAUGAGCUUGCUGGAGUCCCUCUAGACGAGGCCCCCGAGGGCAACGGUGACGCCUCCAAUUCUGCCACCAUGUCACCAAAACCCAGCAAGCCAGCACUGAUGAAAAAACCUGCGCUGGCCCAGAAACCCAACACCCUACCCAAAACCCUGGUAAGGCUACAUAUGGAUGUGUGCGGCUUUAAAUGAGACCUUAAGACAGACCAUCUCCACUGUUACAGUAAAGAAAUCUGAUACAAACUGUGCAUCGUCAUGUUACAGGAGAUCACCUCAGAAAAACUGUUUUAGUUGACUCAAAUGCUGCUUUCAUGUCACCUUUAAAGGGAUAUUCCGGCGUAAAAUUAAGUCAUGGUCAAACACACUGUAACACAGCACCUAACUUCAUCAACAGGACAUAUAGGGUCACAGCCACAGCACUAGCCACCAAACAUCUUUUUAACUUUGCCUAAUUUCUUUAGCAAAGAGACUAAACACAACUCACCUACUCUCUUCCAGCAGCUGCUUGUUUGUACGGAGACCUCCUGGCGAGUCCAUUGACUGCAGCAGGGGGAAAGCAGCUCAAGGAAGAACAUUUGAUUGUAUUUCCAUGAAGAAAUGAUUAUAAAUGUUCUUCCUUGAGCUGCGUCACCCCGCUGUAGUCGGUAAUGGACUGGCCCAAGGUCUUGCUACAAUUAGCAUUAUUUACUUUGAGGUGAGCACGUGGCUCUCUGUAUUGCUAACGUGCGGUCGUUACUAAAGUUGGUAUAACUAGAGAAGCAAGCGAUCGGCAACAUUCAUCUCCCAAGGGGGUGUCUAACUCGGUGUUACAGUGUGUUUGACCCUUAAUCAAUUUUACGUCGGACUAUCCCUUUAAUAUAGCAUGAUGUCUGUUUUGUUCUGCAGUAAAGACGUGUAGAAUAACUAAAGAUAGAUACAAUCUAAUUAAGAUGAUACUUUGGUACCUGUUUUGGACAUGUAUAGAUACUCAUCUUGUUGGUGACUGAUUAUGUGUCUUUGUCUUGUGUUCCAGUUAAAGUAAAACCCGAGCAGAAGAGGAAAAGGCUCAACUCUUGAAUGCUUGGAUUGACCGAGAGCGAUUGUCUUUUUGUGAAAAAAGAUGGCUGCUUUAAGUUACAGGCUGACAAUCCUCUGCUUUGACUCACUUUUUCCUUUAUUUGUUUUUUCCUCUUUUGCCAUGAAGCCUGACUUUUGACUCUUGAUGCCUCUUAGGGAAUUCACUUUUUUUGAUGGUACAUUUUAUGCCAUCACAGCAAAGCCCCUUUUUUUAGCUCAAGUAUUUGGGAUCAAGAACAAGAAAAGGUUAAUAUUUUAGUUUAAAGCUGUGUGAAAGUAUUUUUUCUGCUUUGUGUAAUUUUUAGAUGAUUAAAGACUCUUUUAGAAACAAUCCUCCCUGAUAAUAUCACAUUGACAGCAUAUCUUGUACACGUGUGUCUGUAGUUUUUACAGCUUUGAACAUCCUCUUUGCACACCAUCUUUGCAUUCAUCAUGUAGCAAAUCACAAUUUUUAUGUACAAAGUGUGCUUUUUAUGUUGUUUGGCUAUCUGGAAAUUGAAUUGCACACGUUGCUGCGACAGUUUUACAUACCUCUAGCGUUGCCUUUAUGAUGGAUAACGUUUCUGUUGUGUGCAAAAGAUCUUUCUUUAUCAACACUAAGAGAUUGUCUCUGAGGCCUUGAAUUUUACUGUACUACAGCGUUGAAUGAUGCGUGUAAAGACACAUAGUCUGUAUAGGAUUGCUCGACUUAAACCAAGUAUAAUUUAUAUGUACACUCACUUCUUUAUGUCCCUUUAUUAGACAAGAGCCUGGACAUUUUGUUAAAGCAUUAAGACCUAAUGUUUGCACAAAAAUAAUGGAUGUAGACAUCCUCAAUCAUCAAACGCUUCUUUCACCUGAAGGUGGAGAUCUAGGGUUAGCUUGUGAAAACUAUGAUGGUGUUGAAGUCCUCUUUGCCUCUGGGAACUUUUCUUACAGGGUCGUAAAAAGCAUCUUUUUAUGUUCUGUCUUUCCUCUGAUUGAAAUGUCUUUAUAAACUCAGAUCUAUUAAUAUAUUUUAGUAAAGAUAAUGGUGGUUUCUCCUUGUAAGAAGUGUAAAUGUCCAACACAAAUGAACAAUAAAUGUUUGAUUUAAAA